AUGGAUUUAGAAAAAUUAAAACCUUUACGUGAUUUUCUUGCAGAACUGAAAGAAGAAGGAAUUGUAGAAAGAUUAAUAGCUUUUCAUUACGAGUUUGUACCAAAUGAAGAUGGAACUCAUGACUGUCAAUUCAUUGUAUUCUCACCAUUCAAUGAAGUCGCUAAAGAGAAAAAAAAUCCAUUACGUAUAAGAUUUCAAAUCUCUGAACCAAGUGAUGAUUUCAAGAAUGUUUUCAAUUAUGAUGCAAUGCUUCCGAGGAAAGAUGAAUUUUCAAAGAUUAGAUUUCCAGGCAUUUGGGAUAGAAAGCAAGCUAUAUUAUAUUCAAACUUAAGUAAGGGAGUUGAAAAUGAGUUUAUUGGUCAUACAAGAAAUUCACCAUUACCAAAUCCUAAAUACUAUAAAUUAACUGGCUUCAAUCGUGAGUUUUGGAUAGACAUGUUCUCCACUCAUGACCAUAAAGCACCAGUGUUCUUACCUCCAGACCAUAAGGACUGUCUCUACAUUGAAGCACAACUCUUAAACUCUACCAUCGCAGUAUUGUAA